CAGCAGCAGAAGGCAGCGGCGGCGGCGUCGCGCAGCCCGGAGUUGCUGGAGGACGGACGCCUGGAGGGAAGCUCGCCGGCCUCGGCCGCAGGUGCCGCAAAGCAGUAGAUGUAAUUUUGAAGAUAUUCUGAAGGCACAAAUGGCUUUAGCUGGCUGCCCAGACUCCUUUUUGCACCAUCCUUACCGAAUAGACAGUGUAGAUCAGACAUCAGCACAUGCUCGACGUGAUCUAGUGGAACCCGGAUUCCAAGAACAGUCAAGCCGCCUCUCAUUAAGUCAUCAAGGAGAUGAUGAUGUGGACUUGGAAGCAUUAGUUAAUGAUAUGAACUCCUCAUUUGAAAGUUUGUACACCCCCUACAACGUGCAUUCAGAAAGCGCCCCACUCCUUCACAAUGGCCAGCUGCCAGCCUCAGGAACAAAUUCACUGCAGCCUGUAUCUCCAAAGCAGAAAGUGCAGAGGUCUCAGCCAGUACGCAUCAUGGCAGUCAGACGCCUUCAAGAGGAGGAACAGUUCAGAACAUCCUCUUUGCCUGCCAUACCGAACCCUUUUCCUGAGCUUUGCAGCCCCACAAGCUCACCUGUCUUGACCCCUGGAUCUCUACCUCAGAAUCAGCCUGCAAAUAAACAGGAUAUAAAAGUCUUUGCAGAAGACGGAACAUGCAAAGUGGUCGAGAUCCUAGCAGAUAUGACAGCCCGGGACCUCUGCCAGUUGCUCGUUUACAAAAGUCAUUGUGUGGAUGAUAACAGCUGGACCCUAGUGGAACAUCACCCUCUCCUAGGAUUAGAGAGGUGCUUAGAAGAUCAUGAACUUGUUGUUCAAGUUGAGUCUACAAUGGGAAGUGAAAGUAAAUUUUUGUUCAGGAAGAACUAUGCAAAAUAUGAAUUUUUUAAGAAUCCUGUGAACUUUUUCCCAGAGCAAAUGGUUGCUUGGUGUCAGCAGUCAAAUGGCUGUAUUCCACAGUCACAACUUUUACAGAAUUUUUUAAACUCAAAUAGCUGUCCUGAAAUCCAAGGAUUUUUGCAUGUGAAAGAACAGGGGAGGAAGUCUUGGAAGAAGCAGUAUGCUUGCCUGAGGAGAUCUGGACUUUACUGCUCUACAAAAGGGUCUUCAAAGGAACCAAGGCACCUGCAGUUGUUAGCGGACCUUGAAGACAGCAACGUUUUCUCACUGGUAGCAGGCAAGAAGCUCCACAACGCUCCUACAGAUUAUGGAUUUUGUAUAAAGCCCAACCGAAUGAGAAGUGAAACAAAAGAAUUGAGGUUUCUGUGUGCGGAUGACGAGCAGAGCAGGACAUGCUGGAUGACAGCCUUUAGGCUCCUCAAGUAUGGGAUGUUGCUGUACCAGAACUACAGAAUUCCACAACAGAGAAAAGCUGCGCUUCUGCAUUUCACCACUCCUAUAAGAAGUGUGUCUGAAAAUUCCUUAGUAGCAAUGGAUUUUUCCGGACAGAUAGGAAGAGUUAUUGAAAACCCAGCAGAAGCACAGAGUGCCGCCCUGGAGGAAGGCUAUGCAUGGAGGAAACGCAGCACAAGAAUGAAUAUCCUGGGUAACCAAAGUCCUCUUCAGCCUUCCAUGUUGAACACAGUUAUUCAUAGGACACAAAACUGGUUUCACGGCAGAAUCUCUAGAGAAGAAUCGCACAGGAUUAUUAAACAGCAGGGUCUUGUGGAUGGGUUAUUUCUUCUCCGGGACAGCCAGAGUAACCCAAAGGCAUUUGUACUUACACUGUGUCACCAUCAAAAAAUUAAGCAUUUCCAGAUUUUGCCGUGUGAAGAUGACGGACAGAUAUUUUUCAGUCUGGAUGAUGGGAGCACCAAAUUCACUGACCUAAUACAGCUUGUUGAGUUCUACCAACUAAACAAGGGAGUUUUGCCGUGUAAACUCAAACACCACUGUAUACGUGUGGCCUUAUGACCUCUAUUUUGAUCCAUGUUGAAGACCGACUUUUUCUCAGUGAUGGAAGUUGCUAGAGAAAUAUUAUAAAAAGGAAGGUUGACACUGGGGAAUUGGCAGAAUAGUUGUUCACAAGAAUUAUGCACCUUGGGGAUUUGGAAAAGGAUGAAUUGAGCAACAGACUGAGAUUUUGCUGGUUUGUGUAACACCUAAACAUGCUUGGUGCUGAAUGUCCUAGCAACCCCUAAAAUCAGGAAAGGGUGUGUAAAAUCAUUAAACAAAACUGGAAACUGUCCCUUGGCUGGUCCAUUUAACAGAAUCAAGUUUGUGAAGCAAAAUUAUUGAAAAGAACUCUUGCCCUGGAAUAAUCUUGAGAAUUUAAGACUUAGUGUGUUUACUUUUUGUAUUGAUCACACUCUACUAUUUUUUGUUUUUUGCACUCCUACUUUUUGGAUAUUGCAUAUGGCCUAUAUUAGGAGCUGAUAAAGCUUUUACACUUAUGCAGGAUUUGGGUAUUAAUCUAAAUCCUGUAUUUCAUGAGUUGCUUCAGCCUAACAAGGAUCUAGAAGACAAAAAUAUGACUUGAUGGCUCUGAAAAUCAGCAGAUAUGUCAUGUACCGAUGCUCUUGAAGAAGCAGUGUGGAUACAACUAUGGCAAUAUACACAUACCAACAUAUGUACUCUUUAGAGUGAUUGGGUUUUGUU